CCCCUGUUUUCUGCGCGUAGGCCUGGCCAGGCGCCAGGGAUCCUGGGCCCUGUGGGACGAAGACCGUCUCUGCAGAAGUUCGAGGCAGCUCCCCAAGCAAAAGAGGAGCGCAACUAGAUCCUACACGUCAGGGCUCACGUAUCAAGAUGCUGCUGCUUCUUGAAAAGGGGGUCAGUGAAGUGAUACUGUGAGUCUUGAGUCGUUUUGAGUGGAGAAAUUGGAAAGGACCUAGGAAUGAAUUUGAUGGUGAUCUAUUGCUCACUCGAGUGUGAGAUGUCCCUUCAAACCCAGGGGCCAGGGUGUGCCAGAUGGAGUUGCCAAAUCGAUUAGGAUUUCGCCUGACAAGGCCACCAUAGUGUUGCUGUAGCAUGCUUUAGCCAACCCCUACAGGAUGAAACCCAAAGAUCCAGAUUGACUACCACUUGGAGGACCCAUAUUGGUUUGGACAGAUCCUUCAUGCAUUUUGGAUUUUUCACAGGACAGGCACUGCGCAGUGUUUAAACUGGAUGGCAUGAUGCAGGACGGAAAUCGUAGGACCUAGGAGUUUCCACCACUUUACACAUCGCCCGACUUAAGCUGACAAAGCAUGGGCCUGAUAAAGCUGACGCAAAUCUGAUGUGGCAUUUGUGGUCAGCACAUGUCAACCUAUGUCAACACUGCUGUCGACACCGCGACAGUGCUGGGGGUGGCCUAAGGCCUAAGGAUAGUACUGUGUUGAUUGUAGUUUUGACCAUGAGUUCUAGUGCAGAUGCAAGCAAGGAAUUAGUGGGCCAACCGCGCAAUCUCCCAAAAAAGGAACUCCUGAAUUCCUUUUUGGUUGGACAUUCUGCUGUUUGCAGAACAAAUCCUUCUUACUAUUUAGCUGCAAAAAAGGUCGUUAUAGUUCCGGGAAAGUUCAAUUCCUGAUUCGGCACGCAGCGGCACCAGCCGAACACGUUCAUCGGCUGAUCCCAGAGACAUUUGGUCUGGUCCGGGCUGCACUCGAACAGGUGAUAGUUGCUCGAGACUGUGGAACAUUUGAUAAGGCUUAAGGCUUGGAUGGCAAAGUGCGAGUGGUGCAAUCAAGCUCGGCUCGAUGUGGCUGUGCAUCGGCGGAGGUGUUUGUGUGGGGAAUUCUUGUCUGGACAAAGCACGGUGCGCGCGAUGCAGCCGUCAGUUUGACGACGCCGAAGCGGAACGCCGAAGCGAGUGGCGAAGUGCCUCCGAAAGUUGGGAGUAUCACCGGAAGUCUACGACCAACAAGCACCAAGCAAGUAUCUCAUUCUUUUGGACCUGAAGUACACCACCCUGAUGUACGAUUGGCGGCCAGGAGCAGAUGAGGUUCAGGUGCGACCAUUUGCAACCCCGUUAAUACGGUAUGUGCUGGCACAACAAGAUCAAUGCUUGUGCCCAUUGGGUUUCUACACGACUGCGCACCCCGAGAAGGCCAAAAAGGUCGUUUCAACGCUUCUUGAACAAGUUGACCCAACAGAAUGCACGUGGCAUGAUGAGCCGAAGCUAAGCCACGCUGGCCGUGUCAUCUGGCUGUUUGACGAGUUCUUUACAGAAAAAGAUCCUUCGAUUAUUCAUGAGAGAGAGUUCCCAAACGGCCAUGCAUGUCAAGGACUUAGAAAGGAUUUAUCCUAUGAAUCGGAGAAGCUGGGAGAUCGAUUUUUUAGGUCAUCGAUGUUGUACAUCACGUGCAAAGGUGGCCUGAUUGAUACCGAAAGCAGUGACAAUUUGCUGGAGGUGAGUGCCUGGGAGCCCUGGAAACCAGAGGAGGACGAGGAGGUCAGAAGGGUGCAGCAGAGAUUGCAAGAGCUUUUUGAGAGGCGGCCACAAGACAUCCGCUCUUUCCUGAACACUGUGCGUGGUUGAUUUGGCCUGGAAAAUCGAUCCUGAUGUCCCAGCAGUGCUUGGUGCGGGAACUGGUAGCUGGGGCACUCAGCACUGCCAUCCUGUUGCAUUUGGUGUUACAACAAUAAGACGCUACUCCCGCAUGUUUGCUGAUACUGCUGGACUUUAUCAGAGCAGCUGCAACUCAGAGAGUAGCAAGGAAGGUAUGUUCUAGACCUGGGCAUGGAGUUCCACCCCUGAUAGUACACGCCUUCCAUCAUUGCAACCAUUAAAGUCUCUCAAGAGAUUGUUGCAAGGGAGGGAUGCAGGGGAACUGCAAGAGCCUGGUGAGUAGUAGAUAGGGCCAUAGUGACUGUAGUGCUGCAUGAUGAAAGUGGACGAAUCAAUAGGCCCGUGAAGCUGUGCCAUCCUGACUGUUCAAGUCAAUGCUGAUCUGAAAGAUUUUGCAGCUAUAUACAGUGUAUAUAUAUAUAUAUAUUCAGUUUUAUCGCUAUUAGGUUGG